AUGCAGCAGUGUUUGCAGAAUCUGGAGAAAUCCGAGGAACGUCGUUUCACCGCUCAAACUAAGCUGACGCAAGCGAUGGAAACGGCGGAGGACGCAAAACGUAUCUGCAAGGUGUUGGAGAACAGAAGCAAACAGGACGAAGAGAGGAUGGAUCAUCUGAUGGCGCAGCUGAAAGAAGCGAGAUUGAUCGCGGAGGACGCUGACACAAAAUCGGACGAGAUCUCGAGGAAAUUGGCUUUCGUCGAGGACGAAUUAGAAUUUUUUUUUGCGAGGCGUAUGUACGAUGAAUCGAAAAUUAUGGAACGCGAGGACGAGUUGUUCAUUGUUGGUAAUAUAUUAAAGUCUCUAGAAGUGUCUGAAGAGAAGGCCAAUCAGAGGGUGGAGGAAUUUAAAACACAGCUGAAAGAGUUGAAGAUGAAACUGAAGACUGCUGAAAAGAGGGCUAUCAUCGCGGAGAAAAUGGUGAAAGUGUUCUCGAAAGAGUUGGAUGCAAGAGAAGAUUUCCUGUUCAGGGAAAAAGAGAAAUACAAGUACAUCUGCGACGACAUGGAUUCCACGUUCGCUGAACUCACCGGAUAUUAG